AUGGUUGCUCGCCAAGAACAGGACUCAAAUGCGCUGGUCGCACAGCAGGAUAACGUCGAACGAGAGACAGCACCUCUACUGGAUCAGGAAUCUCAUACCGAGGAAGUCAGUACCGGGGAAUCACGACUUCAGGAUUCGACAACAGGGAGCUCACAAGAUGAACGACCCACACGCUCUAUCUUUGGCAUCAUCUCAGUCCUGUUGAUUGGUGUUUUUGUCUCUCAAGCCGACACGACUCUCGUCUUUGCGACAUACGCACAUAUUACCUCCGAAUUUAUCCGUUUGGGAGGUGGCAGUUGGAUAGAUGGUAGUUGGAUCGUGACGAGUUUUGGUUUGGCCACGUGCGCCACACAACCUAUGUACGGACGACUAUCACAGAUCUUUGGAAGAAAGCCAAUCUUGCAGUUGUCAUACACGCUGUUCCUGAUUGGCACUGCUAUUGCUGGACUAGCUCAGAAUAUGGUCCAGAUGAUCAUUGGACGUGUCGUUCAAGGUGCCGGAAGUGCUGGUAUGGUGUCCAUGGUCUCUAUCUUAUUGACUGAUCUGGUACCAUUGCAUGAGGUGGCAGCGUACAGAAGUUAUGUCAAUGUCUUCUCCACUGUAGGCAGAAGUUGCGGAGGCCUGAUAGGAGGGUUCCUGACACAGACCAUAGGAUGGCGAUGCAUCUGGACGAAGCUGAAUCGCAUCGAUUUUGUCGGCGCUUUCUUCAUGUCCAUCGCCAUCUUAGCAGGCAUCACAGCACUCGAUCUUGGCAGCAAACAGGCCAGCACUCCCGUCCUUAUCGUUUUGGUUGCAAUCGCAGUUAUCGCCGGAGUUCUUUUCGCUCUUGCCGAGAAGUUUUGGGCCAACGAACCGAUAUUUCCGUUGGAGCUGCUAGCCAAGGAUGCAGUGAUCACCUCCUAUACCAUCAUUUUCAUUCAAACUGGCAUUCAGGUCGCCGUAAGUUCUGCUGUACACUGCAUGUUUGGCCCUACUGUACUGACACUAGCCAUCAGCNUCAUGUUUUUGGUGCCGUUGUACUUCCAAGUCACCGCUAAUGCAAGCAUGGGUCAAGCUGGCGCUCAUCUUGUUCCUGCUGUGUUUGGCAACACACUUGGUGGUCUCGCUGUUGGUGCUUGGAUCAAACGCACUGGCCGCUACAAGCCUCCCACUAUCCUAGCAAGUCUCUCUGCUAUGCUGUGCUUCUCCUUACUUCUGAUUCUCUGGCGAGGUCACACUAGCACGCCUGGAUCCCUAGUCAUCUUCUUCGGCGGCUGCGGGUCAGGCAUGGCUAACUCUGCAGUCUUCGUCGGCUUGACUGCUGGACUUGAGAAAGAUCAGGUUGCCAUCGCAACCACGGGCCUAUACCUCAGCUCCAGUGUUAGUGUCGUGGCUGGCGUUAGUGCUGCAAGCGCUAUCUUCCGAUCUGCAUUGAGAGCGAACCUCCACCGAAUUUUGGGAAGAGUUGUCGACGGGGACGAGGUACUGUCAGAUGUCGCUUACGUGCAUACGUUGCAUGGUCAUCUUCGCCGCAUGAUUGUCCGUGCCUUUGUCAUGAGUUUCAGGAGGACAUUUGGUAAGUUGCUCAAACUCUCUCUACCAAGGGCCUCCCGACUGACACUGAUUUUUCCGCUUUAUANNGCUGUUCAGAUUGCUCUGGCAAGUAUGGCGCUGGUCAUUGGGAUACUAUCCAAGCAAAGGCAAAUAACUCGCUAG